CACGUGUCAUCCACACCGACCUUGCUGAAGUGGUAGAAAAGUUUUGACAGGCUCAGUGACGAUCGAAAGUGAAGUAUAUACCAGCAAGGACAGUUUUUUGCUUUACUAGUGGAAAAACAAUGGAAUCUGUUGCCCAGAAAGUGCUAACUUCUGGAUUCACUCUCGACUUGGGUCCUCUCAAAGAGCCGCUGGCAUUUAUCCGUUUGCUAGAAUGGGUGUUCACAAUAUUUGCCUUUGCUACAACUGGCGGCUACAGCGGCACAACCAGUGUUAAUGUCCAGUGCCCUGGGGGCCACAAUCAAGAAAUUCAAGCAGACUUCAACUACCCAUUUAGGUUGAUGGAACACCCUUAUAAUGUCCCUACCUGUGUUGUCAAUCAGACUGACCCCACCAUUUACUACCUGACUGGAGACCACUCGUCAUCCGCACAGUUUUAUGUCUGUAUUGGAGUUCUGGCAUUUCUCUACAGUACUGCCUGCCUUGUCAUCUACCUGGGCUUCCAGCAGAUGUAUAGAGAAACCAGCCGUGGACCAGUUGUGGACCUGCUCGUGACUGCAGCUUUUGCGUUCAUGUGGCUGGCAUCUUCCUCUGCUUGGGCUAAAGGUUUAUCUGACGUGAAGUGGGCAACCAGUCCUUCAACCAUUUUGACUUUUCUCACUGUGUGCAAGGACGGCACCACCAAGUGCACUGCUGGUGCGACACCUCACAUGGGUCGACUAAACGCCUCUGUGAUUUUUGGUUUUCUUAACUUCAUCUUGUGGGCUGGCAACUGCUGGUUCAUUUACAAGGAAACUCCUUUCCACAAAUCACCCAACCAACCUGCAGAUGCAGAUUCAGAGGCAGGAGCUAGACCAUCGUAACUACCCAGCUUCCUCAUGCCAUAAAAGUCUAAUGUAAUGUAGAUUGAGGAACAGCUGAUGAUAACAUCGUGUGUGUUUCUAAAACUGACUGCUGCUCUUUAAUGUUUGUAUUGACUAUUAGGUAGUGGUCUCAGACUUACACCAAAACUGGAAAAUGUAGCAGUCAGAUAUUUUACCCUUUUCCUGUAGAUUGCUAGUUUGUAUCUUAAAAUCUGCAAUACAGUAUUUAAACCCCAAUAGCAAAAAUAAUCGUGUCCUUUAAUUCACAUGAUUUUGUAAGGAUGGACUGUUUAGUUUUGUUUGUGUAAAAUAACAAUUGUGCUAGGAUGUUACCUAACUGUUUAUCUCUGCCACAAAAGUCUCAAGAAUAAGUGGGAUGGAAGGUACAGGGUUUUCAAAUACUUGUGUCGUAUGUGAUGUGCAUGCAGUUACAAUCAAGAACUUACACUUCAGUCAAGUCGUUAUAGGAAUUAAAAAGUUUACUUAGAAGGAAAACAUAAUUUUGAAAAAAAUGGUUGCCAACAUGAGAUUAUUUAUAAAGUGUGAAUGCAAUUUUAUGUUUCCUCUGUGUUCUGCUGCAUCAUCUCACUUGGCAAAUCUCAUGAGUCCUGUUUAUUUGAUAUUUAUGUUUACAGCAGGUAAUAUUGUUUUUGCAUUAAACUAUUGCAGUUGUUUGCUUAAACUUGCAGGUGAUUUUUAUUUUAGUCGUGAAUAUUGUUGGUAUGACAAAAGUUAUUUCAUACAGGCCCAGCAGUGUUUCAGCUACUUAAUGUUUGUAAGUAAUUUCUAGUCAGUCUCUUCUUAAUAUUUUUUGAUAUAUGUGUUUUGUUACUAAUUUGACUGCAUAUUUUGACAUCUCGCUUU